CCGCUGGUGGCGAUUCUCAUCGUCGGCAACGGCGUAAUGAUUGGUUUGCAGACCGAGCCUGGUUUUGACGAGUGGCCGGGUUGGACCUAUGUCGAGCUUGUUUUUGCAGCUUUCUUGCUGUUGGAAAUCGCUUUGCGUAUGCACCUUCUGCGUUGUCGGAAUUACUGGUGUGGCACUGAGCGUUGGUGGAACUGGUUCGAUCUAUUCCUCGCUGCCACCGGCAUCUUAGAUAUCUCCGUCCAGAUGGUUGGAGAAGAGGAUUCAGCUUUUGCAGGAGCAUCGCUGUUGCGAUUCUGCCGGCUGAUUCGCUUGGUUCGUAUAGUCAAGGUCUUCCGCAUCAAGUUCAUGAAGGACUUGCGCCUGAUGGUGAAAGGCCUUAUUGCGGGGAUCCGAACCCUAACAUUGGCCUUCCUCCUGCUCUUUGCCGUGUUGUAUGUGAUCUCUGGUUUCGCUACUAUGACAAUAGGCAGCGACACCAGGACCAAAGAGCUGGAACUGGAGGAAUACUUCUACAAUAUUCCUGCGGCCAUGUUCACAGCCUUCCGGUGCUUUAACGGGGAGUGCGUGAACAGACGAGGGGAGCCAAUAAACUUCUUGCUCGCGGAUGCGUUCGGAUUGCCGUUCAUUUUGUUCUAUGUUGUCAGCUACAUGCUCGUGACGAUGGGGAUUUUCAAUGUGAUCUUGGCAGUUUAUGUUGAUAUAACGAUGAAAGCUGCGAAAGAGAAUGACGCCGUCACUGCUGAACAGCAUGCCAGGGAGUCCAUUCGUGUCGCUCGAACUACGCGUGAGUUGCUGAAGAAAUUUGCUGGAGCCUACCAUGUAUUCAACGAGGAGGACGGCAAGAACAAGCUAGACAAGUUGCCUUCCCACAUGCUCUUCACGGAGGAAGGGUUGCAGGACAAGGUGGAGAUUACAAAGGAGCUCUUCCUACUCGUCAUUCAAGAUCGAGGUGUGCAGAAACUCAUGGAUGAUCUUGAUUUGCCACCAGAUCGUGCCAAUCUCUUCGAGAUCAUCGAUGCGGAUGGAAGUGGCACGCUUCAAAUCACAGAGCUUCUGCAGGGCCUCUUGAAAAUCCGCGGCGAAAUAAAUAAGAGCGAUACAGUGGCCUCGCUCUUGGCCACAAAAGCCUUGCAAAGCAUGAUAGGCGAGCUCAAGGACGAGAGCCUGCGGCACUUCGAAGAUUUUCACAACGAGCUGCAGCAGCAGUUUGCCGAGUUUGCCCAGCAUAUGACGACAUCGAUCUCAAACGUCAAAUUUCGCAGCACGAGAAAUCGGCCGAAAGACUUAAAUACCUUGGCCGCGCCCCUCCGGCCCGAUGAUUUGCCUCCAGAGAUUGAGAUGGAGCCACCUUAA